CCUAAUUUUCUCUGCAACCCUGUGCUACACCUGAGUUGUACACGUCAGAUGGAACAGCUGGCACAAAAGCCGAUACGUCUGGAAAAUUUGUUUAUUGGAUUUCUGGACAAUCCAUCAGUGAUAAGUUUAUUCCACGUAAACUCUCCGAUAAGGAGAACAUUUUAUCAACGAAAAUUAGUGUAAUUUGUGGUAUUUCCACGUUUUCACCUAAGCAUGUCGUGUUUUAAAGCGGUGCUAUCAAUUGUAUGUGUGCUUGUGCUGCUCUUUGAGAACUGUGAAGCUGUCGAAGCUUUUGAGAAAUCCCCAAAGGACCAAAAGGAAAAAUCAACUAAGUUGCCGCCUUGUAAAUCAUGCACUGUGCUUGUGGAAUCAUUUAAGUUGGGUUUGGAAAAAACAAGUCGCGGCAAGCAUGCCGGUGGUGAUGCGGCUUGGGAAGAGGAAAAACUACGUUCUUAUAAAACCAGUGAAGUGCGUUUGGUCGAGGUUCAAGAGCAGUUGUGUAGUGAUGUUAAACGUGGGCAAGAUCAGUGUCAUACCAUGGCCAACGAUCACGAGCACCUACUAGAAGACUGGUUCUUGCACAAACAAAGCGAUUCACCUGACCUACAUGCUUGGUUAUGUAUUGACAAGCUGCAACUGUGUUGCCCUGGUGGUCACUUUGGACCCGAAUGUAAGCUAUGCACAGAUUGCAAUGGCAAUGGAAAAUGUAAGGGUUCUGGCACUCGUAAAGGUAAUGGAAAAUGCGCCUGUGAUGCUGGAUUUACAGGUGAGAAUUGUAAAAAGUGUGCUGAUAACCACUAUGAAGCCUACAAUGAUGGAAAAAAGAUGCUUUGUUCUCCAUGUCACAAAUCUUGCGAUGACAAGGGAUGCACUGGCGCUGGACCAAAAGCUUGUCGUAACUGCAAAGAUGGCUGGAUUAUGGGAAAUGAUCCAGUAGGGUGCCAGGAUAUAAAUGAAUGUUUACUUCAAAACCGCCCUUGCCGUCCAAAUCAAUUUUGCGUUAACGACGAGGGAUCAUAUACGUGCUUAGAAUGUGAUCGUUCUUGUGAGGGUUGCGAUGGUGAUGGACCCGAUAUGUGUAGAAAGUGUGCAGCGGGUUUUGCAUUAAAAGAUGGAAAAUGCCAAGACGAAUCUUCAGAGCAACGCGACCAGUUCGUAAACAUAACACGUUUGCUUACCUACUUUGGCCUUUGCAUUGCCACUUGUGUGAUUUUCCAAAGUUCAACACACAUCGCUUACAUUGUGGGCGCAGCAGUAGCCAUUUAUAUAGCAGCAUCCGAAUAUUGGCUAAAUUCGUCAGCAUCGUCAGGAGCAGCUAAACCACAAUUUGAUACAAAGCAAUUAGAAGAUUUAAUUAUGAAAUCACUUUAAUAAUUCAAAUGAAUAAAAAAGUAAAACGAAUGCAAUAUAACUAAACAUGUAAUAUAAGUGAAAA